CCAUACGCCGUAUGUGUCUUCUUGCUUUGAUCCCUGUUGAACAAAUCGAUGACAUCUGGAUUAAAAUUAAAGAAGAAGCCCCACAAAACGAAAAUUUAUCGGAACUCAUAAGUUAUAUUACUGAAACAUUUAUGAUUCCAAAUGGACGUCGCGAGUUUGAUAAAACUGUAUGGAACCACUACAACACAGAAAAUAUAAUAAAAACUAUAAACCUCCAAACGGGAUGGAACGAUUUUAUUGAUGAGGAUAUUAAUAAAUCAGACCUGUCCAUUAAAAAUUUUGUUCUUAAAUUGAAAAAUAAAAAUCUGGCCUUCGAAAUGGAAAUAAUUACAAAUCAAACAAAAUCUAACGAAUUUUCAAGUAUUCCUAAAAAAUUCAAGACCCUAGAAGAACAAGUUAAACAUGCAAAAGAAAGAUUUGAAAAUGGGACAACUUCUACAAUAGAAUACCUAGAUGAAAUGAUUUGACGUAUUGAAAAUAGAACCAGUCCAAAAGGCAGCCAACUAUUUAACUUGGUUUUAUAAAUACACC